GAAUUACUCAUCAAGCAUUCCACACUCAUCCCGGUGGCGCCAUGGGGAAGACCACGCAGACCACGAAGACCACGAAGACCGCGCGGCGAGUGCAGUCUUCCCGAGAUGGAGACUCCAGGCGCCUUCAGGAAGUUCUGCUUCAACGUCCGGCCACAGGCGCCUCCACCAGGCUGCUGAAGGCAGAUCUCAGUGCUCUCCGUAGAUUCCGAGGCAAAGCUUGCCCGCACUUUGGCAAGCGUGGCGUGGUGGAGUUCUUUGCAGAGCGAGGAGGCGAUGCGCCUUCGGGGGCUGCACGGCCUGCAACUUGGGCACCUCCACGCUUCAACAAAUACGCGGGCUGGGUGGAGUGGCGCAACGCUAUCUUCCUGUGGGUCAAUGCCAUGGGUGGCUCGUUUGACAAUGCCUUUGCCAAAGGAGGCCAACACAUCUCCUGGUACGUUGGUGGUGCAAACCCCACCGAGCGCUCUCCAAUUGUCCAGCGCUUGCUGUCGUUGAAGCGGGAUACGCAAGUGAUCCUUUUCAUCCGACCUCGUGCAACCGAUCCAUAUAUCAACUGCGGACCAUGCAACUAUGUGGCCCACAACCCACGGAAAAAAGGCUUCGAGUUUACCUGGAGCCUCAAGGAUUUCAAUUCCCUCCAGAAAUCAGAGGCGUUUAAAGAGAUCAUGAUGGCGACCCAGCCUGCAAGUGCAGCACGGGCACGAGUCAGGAAAUGGGCCUGAGAUCCGACCACAAUGGAGGUCGCAAGUCAGGGAAAAAGGCGUUUUGUAUCCCGUCGUGUCUUUUUUCCUGCUGUCGCAAAGCAGCGUCAAACUGGAAAAACAGACAUGUUGCCCCCGCCUCCUGUCGCUUGAUACUGUAUUUCUUUCUAGCUGUAGGCUCUUAUGAUCUUUCAAUGCAAGGGAGCAGCCUUACUAUGUUCAAACCCUGCUUUGUGUUAUUCUUGAGUCUUCAGGUUCUUGUGAGAACCGAUUCAAUAUGGCUCAACACUUUUGGACAGAGAUUCUCUACGACUUGCAUCUUGCCUGUGGGGGGAAAACCAG